CAAAAGAUCAGAGUCAGGCUCAGACAUUGUGUUUCAAUGUCCGUAUCAAUCUGCGGCACCGUUGGAUCAGCCAUGUUGUCAUCGCAUUCCAAUCAAUAAUUGAGUUCACAACAUACAUUGAUCUUCUUUGUUGCUCACACUCGUCGACACCGCACAAAGUCUCUUUCAAGCCUUUAUUAUCCAGGCCACUCCUAACUCCAUCAGUAGUCUUCGAGGCACACCAUUCUUUCACACAACCCCAAACAAAGAACCCAACAAUACCCAGUCAUGGAUUCCAUCGUAUCUGUCCAUCUCCAUCAAUCUAUCACCCAACCCCUCCUUGCACACCAAGGACACGCAAAGCACCAUGGCUACCUUCCAACGUGUAGGAAUCAAGGAAGCCAGACUCCUCCUCCCAGGCACAAUCCUCUGGCUCCCACCCAAAGACCAAAUCGAGGAAGAUAGGUACACCUCUCCCCUGCUCCUGGACGGUGCAUUCAACCACCCUGUUGUAAUCUUAUCUUUCCAAGAGCCCAAUAGGGUUAAGUAUCAUUCCUGGGCUGAGAUUGCUAUUAUAACCUCCUUCCACGGAUCAACAAUCAAAUCCCACCUAGCAGCCAAAGGAAUCAAACAUAGCACGGGCGUCGAAGCAGCCGAGAAAGCAGGCUAUCUGCGUAUCGUGACGGCGUCGAAACCGCAUGCGAAAGAUGUGUUGCAUUUGCGGGAUGGGAAGGGGAUGAAGAGGGAUAGUGCGUAUGUGAAUGUGAAGGAGACGUUUUGGGUGGAAGUUUCGGCGUUGGCGAAGUAUGGGUUGGGGGAGGAUCUUAAUGCGUAUAGUUUGACAAAUCAGUCGUUGAAGAAGUUGCGGGAGGGGGCUGAGGAGUAUAAGGAGAGGAAGAGGGUUAAGGAGGAAAAGGCAGCUAAGAAAGAGAAGGGCGCAAAGGAAAGGGACGGAAAGGAGAAGGAAGUGACACAGAGCAAGAAGAAGGUGCAGGUCGAGAGGAAAUCAAGGGCAAAGCCAAAAAGGAGCACUGGGAAGGUGGUUAGCACUGGGAGGGUGACUAAGCCACGGAAGAGCAAACUCAUAAAGAUGUUAGGCAAGAAGGCGUAGAGUUGUGAAGAGAAUGUAUCUAUGUAGAUAUGGUAGUCUAGAUCGUAGUCUAUAUGUUGUACCGUAUGUAUUAUUGUGGC